GUUAAAUCUUGAAAUAUAAUAAACUAUUCCUACCAUCAAAACGUUAAAAAGAAUUUAUUAAUUUUUGUUUUCUUGACCUUGAUGUUCUUUAUAAAAAUGUUUAUAUAAUUUUUCAUUGCUUAAUAUUUAAACUAGAUAAAUACUCAUAUGUAGUUGUUAUAUUUUUAAGCUAAUGGAAAUAAUAUAAGUGUAUAAGCCCCUACGCACACCAAUGGUAGUAAUACCUCCCUAAUUUCCUACCUCCCGACGACACAGUGUAAUAUUUACAGAAAAUGCCUGUAGGUACCAACAAUUUUGAACACCAUGGCUGAAAGUAUACCACCUACUUAUAAUACUUGUUCACUGUUUUUUGUAAAAAUGUCUGAGAUAUGGUGAUUUUCAAGUGGUUACAAUGUUUAUUUAUACCUUUUUACGACAAAUAUCGUUGAUGAACUACUAUUAUUGUACGUUUACACUGUUACUGCUUCGUGUUUAUAAAUAUGUCGAUAACAAAUCGAUACGGACGGUGUAUAUUGUACACUUAUAUACAAUCUACAUAAUUGCCCGUGAAUCGUGAUUCUAACCAGUUGACCUACGUCCACACAAGUGGCUAUGUAUAAUCAGUAUUUUAUAAUGUUAGAGAUUACCAACAGUCUCUAAACCAGUUUUAUGUAAUUGUAAGUAUACAACGAAAUUAUAAUAAUGUACAACAUGAACUACGUUAUUUUACGUAUCUAGCAUUUUUUUUUUUUUUUUCUGUUCUAUCAUCGUUCGUACAUAUUCGAAAAUAAAAUACGAGUAUAACAAUCAUUGCGUAUUAUGGAUUUUGAAAAGUUAAUACUCGGAAUAGACGUGGGAACUAGUUCGGUUAAAGUGUCACUGUUGGACAGCCGUACUGUAAAGUCGGUUUACGCGAAAUCCGUUCUGACAAAAGCGAAAAUAAAUAAUCCUAGCCAUGAAAAAGGCGACGAACAAGACGUGAUUAAAAUUUUCAAGUCUACACAAGAAUGUUUAGAAUUGGUACCGAGACAUUUUAUGAAAGAGGUACCUCAUUAUAAUACAUCAAUACAAUUGAUAAUUAAAUAUUUUUGUGUUUUUUUUUUUUCUAAUUAAAUAUAAUAGUUAACUACCUGAUUAAAAUUAUAACGAUAAAUAGACAUGUAUUGGAAAAUUAUUAACUAAUUUAAUUAUACAAUUGAGUAUAGAUAGGUAGAUAACUGAUUUGAUGACAGAUUUGUCGACAAUCGCGGACUAAGCAUAUCUAGCUGGGGGUACAAUAGAUGAUAAUAUAAGAAUGGAUAGGUCAUUCCUAUAAUAUUAAUAUAAUAAGGGGCCGCAUUCCGAAAUGCGAAUGAGAGACAGACUGCUUAUAGCGCUCUCAUUCACACAGCAAGGGGUUUUAUCAUUAAUAUUAUAUUUCACAAUGAUAACUCAAUCAAUGUAGUUGUAUUUGAAUUUUGUUUAUCAAAACAAUUUCAAGUAUUUUAAUUUAAUAUUGAUUUUUAUUCGAAUUUUGUAUAUCAAAACAAUUUCAAGUUGAUAUUUCAAUAAAAUAUAAUAUUAUUAUCGUAUUUUUCACGAAAUUAGAAAGAUUAAAGAUGAUAUAAAGAAAAAUCGUACCAGGGAUAAAUUAACAAAAUGUAUCCAUUUCAGAAAUAAAUAAAUUCAAUUGAGUACUUACUAUUAUUAUGCCAAAUUUUCAUGAAUCAGAAUUGUGAUUUAUAUACAUUUUUUUUUUUUCUUAUAGCGUAUUAUGUAUGUAUAAAUUAUUAUUUAUUAUAUAUGAUUAUAAAGCACCGAAAAUCAAACUAAAGAUUUCGCCACACAAAUUUGUUGCAUUUAGAUUUAGCACAAGUCAUUUUAAAAAUUUCAAUGAUCGUCGUGUAUGAGGGGCAUACAACUAAUUAAAUAAGAUUAACACAGGGGCGUCAUUUCACAUUUGUUUAUCGGAUGCAAAACCUAUAGAUACAGAAAAUUGAAAUUAACUUGAAAUUCACUCGCGUAGCACAUCAAUCACGAAAUCGGUAAUUUCCAUAUUUAACUCUAUUUUUGAUCAUCACAUAUUCAAAUGUAUAAUACAAUUCAAAAACGUAGGUACUCCAAAUUAAUUUCAAUAUUGAUUAUUUAUAAAACUAAAAUAUACCAAAAUUACCUGCUUAAUAAGUUUAUUAUCAGAACAAAUAGUAUACCUAUUAUGUACCUAUAGUAGAUAUAUAAUAACAGAAUAAGUUAAAACUUAAGCAUAUAGGUACUUAUACAUACUAUUAGAUAUUUUAAUUUUUAAAUAAGCUUAAUUUAAUUACAAAUAGGUACUUCUGUCCAGGAAUUUAAACAGUAAAAAAACUCAACAGUAUUAUAAAAUAUAUAAAUACGUAAGCAUGGAUUUUAUAGUGCAUUAAUGAAAAACGUCUACUCAUUAAUUUAGCAAAACUUUCAUCGGUACUAUAAUACUAAUAUUAUAUUAUUUAUAACGGUGUUUAUGUCUUCUGAAACUGUUAAAAUUAUAAAUCAUAAUAAACAAUUUUUGUGAAAUUACAAAAUGAGCGUUUUAGAAUAUAAAUUAUAUGAAAUUAACUACAUCUACAUAUUUUAGGGGUGCUAAAAAAAAUUAAAAGGUAACCUUGUGUCCUGGAAAUGACGCCCCUUGAUUAACAUUUAGCAUACAUAUUGUAUAAGUACAUAUGAACUUACAAGCACAUUAUUGGGCCUCAUAUGAAACUUUUUCCAGAUGAUUUUUGAUUAAAACCAAGUAGGUAUUUUUUUUUCCCCUAAUCGUUGUUUACCGUAUGUUCUACGAAGUUAUAAUUGAGCAGGUACCUACAUAAGUAUCUGAUGGCUAGAUAGCUGGAUAAAAUUUACUAACUCUAUAGAAAUUGAAAUUUAUAACAACGACAAAAUUAUUAUCAAAUUAUUCUAUUAAGGUAAAAGCAAUCGGCGUUUGCGGUCAAAUGCAUGGUAUAGUGUUCUGGGACGAACGAUUCAUUCGACAUUUUUGGUCCGGCGAAUUUUCGAUUGAAACCAAAAAAAUUGUGUCGAAUUUAUAUACUUGGCAGGACGCUCGUGCGGAUAAACAAUUUUUAGCCAAACUGCCAAGGCCACAUUCUCACUUGAAGGCUCACUCAGGUUACGGAUGCAACACCAUUUUUUGGUUACAGGAAUAUCAGUGAGAUAAAUACAAAUGCUUAGUAAAAUACCUAAUUAAAAAAUAUGUACAAUACAAAACAAAUAGGUACCUAGGUAUUUAUAUGUUUUGUUUAUUUAUAUCUGCUUUCAGACCAGAAAUAUUGAGUAAUUAUAAUCGAUGCGGUACAAUUCAAGAUCUAAUCGUAUCAGCAUUUUGUAAUCUUAAGACACCCGUUAUGUCCACUCAAAAUGCGGCCAGUUGGGGAUAUUUUGACACAACUGAUUGUUCAUGGAAUAUAGACUUGCUGCAAAGUGCACAUUUUCCGGUAAAUCUUUUACCAUCAGUAGUACAACCAGGAACAAAUGCCGGAUCAUUAUACAAUACGAUUUAUGAUAUAGCGAAAGGAACAGUAGUCGGUAAAUGUUGAAACAAAUACAUAGUAUAUUAUAUGAAAUAAUAUUUAAUACAUGCACAGGGUGAUGAAUCUAUCAUGAAAUACUAAUUAUUUCGGAAAUUUAUUAGUAAUUUGUUUUAAAGAAACAAGCAACUCUACAAUUUUAAUUAUUUUUUGGGGGUAAAAUCCUUACUUUUAAUUUUAAUAUAGAUCAAUAUAGAUUUUAAACCUUAAAAAUAAGGAUGGCAAAAAACAGUAUAAAUGUGAAAUUGUAGAGCUCCAUGUUUCUUUAAUGUUUUAUAAAACAAAUUACGAAUAAAGUUAAUACUUUCCAAGAUAAUUAGUGUCUUAAGAUUGAUUGAUCACUCUGUAUUGAUCAAAAUGUAUACCGAAAAAAAAGAUGUUGCCCUUGGUGAUUUGCAAUGUUCAGUAAUGGCUACAUUAACAUCGGUGAAAGAUGCUGCAGUUAUUAACAUAUCCACUUCUGCUCAAGUCGCAUUCGUGACCAAUUAUAUUGGGCAACAACAUGGUAAAAAACUGUUAGAAGAUAUAAUUUUAAUAUUAAUACUAAUAAUAAUAUAAUUAGGUAUAUAAUGUUAUAUCAAACUAACUAGAUGGCGUUGAAUACUUUCCAUAUUUUGACAACAGUUAUUUGGUAGUAGCGGCCUCAUUGAAUGGAGGAAAUGUUUUAGAUUGUUUUGUUAAAUCCGUGCUUGGUUGGGUAUCAGAUAUUGGAUUAAUUAUAAACGAAGGUAAUAUAUCAUUUUUAGUAGAACAAUGAAAAUUAUAAUAAUUAUAUUAUACACAUUAAGAUGAAUUGUGGAAUCGAUUGAUGAAUCUAUCAUCUGAUGAAGAAGCAACAUCACUUGUAGUGAACCCUAUAAUAUUUGGUGAAAGACACAAUCCAACAGUGUUUGGAUCAUUCGUAAAUAUUACAAACAGUAAUAUGACACUAAAAGAAUUAUUUUCUGGAUUUUGCAAAGGACUAGUACAAAAUUUACUGAAGUAAACUAAAUUAUGUCAAAAUAAUAUGGUAGGUAAUAAAACAAGUUUACUAUUUCACCUUAGGAUGAUGCCCAGAGAAAUGUUGCUAGAAGCUGGAAUUCAAAGAAUCAUAGGAUCUGGAUCAGUCAUACCCAAAAAUCACAUCAUAAAAAAAGAAAUAGAAAAUAGUUUUAAUCUUCCAUUAUAUGUAGAAAAUACUGAAGAUUCAGCUUUUGGUGCUGCUUUAUCAGCAUUCAAAACAAAUAAUUUUUUGUUUAUUUAGUAAGAUAAAUUCUUUCUUUAUGUUAAAUAAUUGUUAUUGUAAAAAAAUAUAAGUUAUUAAAAAAAAAAAAAAAAAAUGUAUUAUAAUUGUAUUCAGCCACUAAUAAUAAUAAAAUAUCCACAAAAUAUUAUAUUGUUUUAUGUGGUAGUCACUGUUGCCCGCAUUAUUAUUAUUAUGUUAAAAUAUUAGAUAUUAGAUUAUAGGUACGUCUACUUAGAAAAUUAUGUGGUUGUAACAGGGGCAGUGCUCUACUGUUGUGGGCUGAUAUAUUUAUUUUAUACAGAUUAUAAAAAUAUUAUUGUAAAGAUCACUCUUCUCUGGCUUUGAGUGGAAGGCCUAGAGAAUGAGUCUAGUCAGUGUUUAAAU